AUGGCUGCGACCAACAGAAAGAUCGGAGAAAUAAGAAUUCCCGUUCCGUGGGGCCACGUAGCAGCUAAGACUUGGGGCGAACCCGAUGACCAGUUAGUUUUGUGCGUACACGGCGUAAUGGACAACGCCGGAACAUUCGAUCGAUUAAUCGAACGCCUUCCUUCAUCAUUCUAUUACGUUUGCAUCGAUCUACCGGGUCACGGAAAAUCCACCCAUUUUCCACCCCAUUUGCCUAUACACACUACCGAUUAUUUGCUGGUAUACAGAGAAGUAACACGCCAUUUCGACGACAGAAAGUUCGUGUUAAUAGGCCACAGUUACGGCGGGCAAAUAGGAUUUAUGUACGCUCAAAUAUACCCCAAUCACGUAAAAUCGCUCAUUAUGCUGGACACGCUGACGUCAUAUCCGGUGCCGACGGAUUACUUCGAUGUUUACAUGGCGGAAAGAAUCGAAGAUCAUCUCAGGAUCGCCAACAACCUGAGGAGUAAUCGGCCGCCUCUGUACACUCGAGAAGAGGCUUUGGAGAAGUUGAUAACCGGCCGGAGGAGCCUCAAGCCCAUGCCGACAGAGAGCGCUGAAGCGUUGUUAACUAGAGCAAUCGAACCGGCGGGGGAUUUGUAUAAAUUCACGACGGAUCAAAGACUCAAGAACUUCAUAAAUCCGCUUAGAGACUACAGCAUCGAUUUGCCGGGCCACGGGCGCUCCUCUCACUUCCCCCCGCACCUGCCCGUCCACACCUUCAACUACAUAUUCGUCUACAAAAUCAUCCACCGGCACUUCGGCCGCAAACUCACCAUCCUGGGGCACAGCUACGGCGGCCAGAUCGGCUUCCUCUUCGCCCAAUUGUACCCCGAGUGCGUGGCGAAGCUCGCCAUGUUCGAUACCAUUAGCCUGUUUCCGGUGUCGACGAGGAACUUCAAGAGCGCUGUGAGGAGGGCGGUUGAGGCGCAUUUGGAGCUGGAGAGGAAGCUGGCGGAGGGGCGGCGGCCGGCGUACACGUUGGAGGAGGCUUUGGAGAAGACGUGGCGGGGUAGGAGUUACGCGCCGAUAUCGAAGGAGGCGGCAGAGGCGCUGGUAGAGAGGGCCGUGGAGCCGGCCGGUGAUGGGUUGUACCGGUUCACGUUGGAUCAGAGGGUUAAGAAUGUUAUCAAUCCGCUGAGGGAUGUCAGAAACAUAUUAACGGUAAUGAAACUAAAUCCGGUAACCUGUCCGGUUUUGAUCGUUUUGGGAACCGAAUCGACUGCACAACAGAUCUUGUUCAGUCCGUUAAUCCAGGAAUUAAAGAAAAGAAGAAACGUUCGCAUAAAAUUCGCCGAAGGGAAUCACGACGUGCACAACGAUAAACCGGAAUUAGUGGCGCCUCACGUGUUAAAAUUUCUGGCGUUGCAAUCAAAUAAACUGUAA